AUGGCGGAACUCGAGGAUUCGAUCGAAGACCUUCAGGCGAAGCUCCAACAGUAUCAGGAGCAGCUGGAACAAGUGAAUGAAGCCCUCAAGUUGCAGCCUGAAGAGUCCGACCUGCUGAAACUCAAGAGCGACUUGGAAGAAGUCAUUUCCCUCACCAGAGACUUGAUUUCUUUUCAAACACAAGCGCAAACAGAGGCUGAGAAAUCGGACGUUCAGUCGAGCGACGCCCCGAGAGAAGUUUCGCAAGAAAAUGAGAAAGCAAUCGAGGAGAGAUCGGAGAGAGAGAAAGUGCAGGCAGAUGCAGGUGGAGAAAGAGAAGGCAGUGCGGAAGCCUCUGAAGGAGGGGCGAGGUUGACGCAUAUGGCAAGCGGAUCUUCCGUUGUGGGGCGCACGUGUCUCGCCGAAUACGAGGGCAAAAAAUUCUACGCCGAGAUUCUGGAUCUGAAGAAAAGCAAACAAGGCGAGCGAGUCCUCGUGGAGUUCAUUGGGUGGAAAAACCAGCAGGAGUACCCCGUCCACCAGGUUCAGCUUCUUGCUCCAGUCCCGCCGUCGGCUGUCCCUCCAGGUGCAGCCGCCCAAGCCAUUUACUCGGAAGACGGGAAGUGGUACGACUGCGUAGUUGACGAACACACUGCGGGAGGAUACAAAGUCACCUACACCGAAUAUGGCAACUCGGAGGAGGUGAAGUUUGACCAGGUGCGGUUGAAGAAGCCGAAGAACGACGCGCCGAAGAGACGAGUGAAAGAAAUCGUCACUCCGGGUGGAUACAAAAUCCCUCAGUACCUUGCGAUCAAGCCGACAGACACAGAAGCACAGAAGAACUCGAAGAAGCGACGCGUGAAGGCAAUCAAAGCCCAACAGCAGUUGGAAAUGGCUGAGAAAGACGCAGACGACCGUGCGAAAUCUUGGCAGAAAUUCAACAAGCGCGCCAUUAACAAGCGAAUGGUGGGGUACAUGUCAGGGCGGGGUCAUGAGUCAAUGUUUUCCGGCCACGAAGUGAAGACUACUGUCAGUAUCAGUGUCCUGAGUUCGCAGCGAACUACAGUGAACUCCUUUGUGCCGCGCCGUAAACACGAUGUCGACGAAGAGCUGAUUACUGAUGACUGA